AUGGCGUCCCACCCACCGUGGCUUGCUGCAUUGAUGCAGGGAACCGCACAUGAUGACACGGUCAUGACUGAGAAUGAAGAUGGAGACCACGAUGACUCCAUCACCUUGACCCCAUAUCUUUCAAGCGCCUCCGCCCCCGAAGCGGAAUCAGAUCUAACCUACUCCCUUCUCAUCGAUGCCCUCUUCGAAGCUGGUACAGCUUCACUCCAUGCGUAUCGAGCCAACCCUGACCGUGCUCAGCGCUUUCGAAACAUGAUGAAGUACUACACGACGGUUUGCAGAGACAACGAGGCUGCGCUUAAACUUGGAGAAGGCGUCGAUCAAAGUGCUGAGCAGUUGAGGGAGUGGAUCGAUUGGGAGAUUGAGGAAGUCAACCAGGGCAGAAUGACUGGGGGAGACAUGGACCAGGUGGAGGAGGAAUUGUUCAAGAGGAAGUUCGUUGCCCCAGUCAAGCAAAACAUCUCCAAGUCCUAUAAUGAGGACAUGGGACUACGCGACAUCCGCUCUCUAUACGCAUUAGAGCUGAUCAAACUGUCUGAUGAGGCUACAACCGCACUUUCAAAGGCUAAAACCGCGGUCCAAUGCCACUUCGCCGAAGCCACGUACAGAGCUGGCGUCAAGAGACUUUCCAGGAAAUAUCCCGGAAGCCCAGAGAAUGGUCUCACAUUCACAGAAGACGUGAACGCAGAGUUGUCGAAAUUGGAGCCUACAACUGAGCAGACACUGACCGCGGAGUCUUCAUCCUCGGUUCCCACACAUGACCACUAUGACAGCGCCGUCCAUAAUGGACCCCUUGAGGGUCAUAGAAGCGCAGCCGGUAUUGAGGCAAGCGACUACGAUGUCGAGCAUAGCGGCUAUACCACAGAAACGGCCGCGAGCACCGACUCCCUCCCGGGAUCAGCAUCCAGCUCUCCAAGGAAUGUCCACCACCGCAAGCGUGUUCGCGAAGAGGACCAGCUUGAUUCAUCUACACAAGAAGUUCUCAGGUACUACUCGUCAUCGCCUGAAGAUGAUUUCAAUGAGGUACCUGCCAUUCACCGUGGCGCAAGCCGAGAGGAAGUAUUUCUUCAAGCUGUCCAAUACGUCAGAGAUGAAUUCCCCGAUGUACCCAUCAUGGACAGACUCGUUGAACAUGUGCGAGACAGCUUGGUUCGCCGAGUCUCCGAGAAUCCUCAAUCCGAGAGACUCCACCACAGCAGUAACAGCCAGAGCCCCGACACCUCCGAGUCGGACGAUGAGUCGGUGUACCCUGCAUCCGACGAGGAGGAGCAUCCCUUCGACUCCCCAGCCUCUGGAGACUCCUUCUCCGCCUCUCCACUCGCCCGUUUCUCCCGCAACGCGGGCGCCAUGCUGCCGGCGAUCUUUCAGGAGGCAGGCUCGGAUAGGGAGCCAGAGCAUGGAGGCCUGCAGGGCCAACUACUUCCUGGGGGUUCUCCCACCCCAGGCGCACAUGGCCACCGGGGCCUCGGUACCCAGUCAUCUCCAAUGGAGUUGUCAGACUCGGGUGAGGACUCCGAGGAGGAGUCUGAAAUCGAACCACUGCCGGAGCUGGUCCCAGAUGUCGAGGGGGAGACAGAUCCAGAGUCUCCCCAAGAGCCACUGACCGAUGGCGAAUACUGA